AUGGAAUUGCGGGUGGGUGGCCGAUUUCGACUCGGCCGCAAAAUUGGAAGCGGGUCUUUCGGCGACAUUUAUCUAGGUCAAAAUAUCCAAAACAACGAGGAGGUGGCGGUGAAAUUGGAAUGUGUGAAGACGAAGCACCCACAGCUGCACAUCGAGGCCCGUUUGUACAAAGUGAUGUAUGGAGGCAUCGGGAUUCCACAGAUGAAAUGGUGUGGCUACGAGGGCGAGUACAACGUGAUGGUCAUGGAGUUGCUCGGUCCCUCACUCGAGGAUCUUUUCAAUUUCUGUCAACGCAAAUUCACCCUCAAAACAGUGCUCUUGUUGGCUGAUCAAAUGCUUUCGAGAAUCGAGUACAUUCAUAUGAGAGACUACAUCCAUCGCGAUAUCAAACCCGACAACUUUUUGAUGGGCCUUGGAAAGAGGGGAAAUCUUGUAUAUAUAAUCGAUUUCGGAUUGGCGAAAAAGUACCGAGAGAGCAAAACACAACAACAUAUUCCAUACAGGGAAAACAAGAAUCUGACGGGAACGGCGCGAUACGCCUCUGUAAAUACUCAUCGUGGAAUCGAGCAAUCCCGAAGAGAUGACUUGGAGUCGUUAGGAUAUGUAUUGAUGUACUUCAACCGAGGCACACUUCCAUGGCAAGGAUUGAAAGCCGCAACGAAACGCCAAAAAUACGAUAAGAUCUCCGAGAAGAAGAUCUCAACGUCAGUGGACGAGUUGUGCUUCCGGCAUCCAGAAGCUUUUGCCCAAUACCUCCGCUAUUGUCGAGCGUUGGGAUUCGAGGAGCAACCCGAUUACGCCCAUCUCCGGCAACUCUUCCGAAAUCUUUUCCAUCAACAAGGAUUCUGUCACGACUACAUUUUCGACUGGAAUCUGCUCAAGAUCAAGCGUAUGCAGCAGCCCAACAACAGCGCGCAGGGCUCGCGGGGAGUGCUGGAG